CGCACAAUGGACACAGUUUCCAACCAUUUUCCUAUCGUGUUUCGUUUGGCUACUGCCGCGGACAGAGAGGAUGUUCGUGACGCCUUGGGGCGUUUCUUCUAUCCCGAUGAACCGGUUACGAGCAGUUACUACGGUGGAAGUGAAGUUACGGCGGACGACAUGCACUUUACUCUUUCCAUGAUCGACGAUGGUUUUGUAAUACUAGCAGUGGAUAAAAAAAAUGGAAAAAUUGUAGGUCUUUCGAUUGGAGGAAUAAUCGAACCCGAUGAGCCGGAAAAGCUGUUGGAUCUGGCUUCGAAAGUUGAUACUGUCAAGUUUGCUGAUAUUUUACUUUUUCUUGCUCACAUGGCCAAAGGAGCAAACAUCUGCCAACGGUUUACAGUGGCCAAAGCGUAUCACAUUCACUGUCUGGCCGUUGCACCGGAAGUUCGUGGAAGAUCUCUUGGAAAGCUGCUGAUGAAGAAACAAUUUGAGCAGGCGGAAAAAUGUGGUGUCGAAGUGGUCAGCACAGAUGCUACGGGAUUGUAUUCGGCCCAACUCUUCAAACAGCUUGGUAUGACGUGUGUUUAUUCGGUUCCGUACAAUGAAUAUCGGAACGAGUCCCAACAACAGGUUUUUGCCGGAAGAGAAUCACACUUGGAAGCUAAAACGUUUACAAUGGCUAUAGGGCAUUUAGCUUCAAUGAAUGAAUAGUAAUCUCUUAUGUUCCUGUAUAAUCGUCGAGUUUUAGUAUUCCCACGGCAUAUCCUAAAUCAUAACAAAAAUGUAACAAUAUUAUUUUUUUUUAUCCCUUUAUGGGCAGCUAGGGCCGAGGGUGGUGGCUAGCGGGUUUCAUACAUCCUUGACCUGACGAACAAAGCUAUGGUGCCUCGAACACAGGAAACGCAGAUCCAAGGCCAUCAUUGAAAUGAUAAGUUCUGCGUUUGAGAUGUACUUCCCCCGGUUGCCAGACGAAUACCUGUAAUUAAUACUUGUUGCUUUGUAUGUAUGAAUCUAAUGUUAAUUAAUUGUAAUUAAUCCUUGUUGCUUUGUAUGUAUGAAGUUCUGGGUGGUGUAUGCGUGGAAGGUGUGAUUUUUAGCGUUCGAGUCCAGGAGUGCAUAUCUGUCUGGAUUAGCGUGGGAGUUUACUAAUUGUGUAAUAGUUUGAUCGCUAGAGGCUCGAGCAUUUGAAUGCUAGCGUGUCUCUAACUUUGCGUGCAUAAAUUCGAUUUUAGAUUCGUGUGGCCAUUCGCAUAUUUACGUGUAUUCUUGAACGAUCGCGCGCGGACCGUGAAUCUGAUAGUUAAUUUUUAGUGUAUGGUAGAGGAACGUGUUGACUGGUGAAUAUGAGCAUCAUUCUUGAUUGGUCCAACUGAAGGCAUGAGUCCAGACUGAUCGAGAGUAGAGAAUUCCGAACGUAGCCGGUCUAUGAUCGCGCGAGUGGUGGGUUAAUGCUUGAGACCGCGGUUGUAAAGUUAUAGGUGCUGAAAAGUACACUUAAGUAAGGUAGUGUUUUAAUGUUGGCGAAGUUGCGAGCGUAGGUGUGUGUGGAUGAUUGAAAUUGUAAUGUAAGAUCGCGUUUUUGACCAGGUUUGUGUUAUCGCGAAAGUUAGGGGCGUUUGUGCGUUUUGGUUGUGAGUGUAUAUGGGAAAUAUGCAAUUGAUUGUGUUACUGAGUAAUGAACCUAACUUAAGAUAUAGUAAUUAAAGGAAACAUAACAUGCCGAAUGUUUCUUUUUAUUAGGUCACUAACCGUGCAUUGAAAAAUGCCCAAAAACUCUGAACUAGGCUUCGUCGAGUCCAGUCUGUCCGUCUCGUCCUGUCGUGUCUGGGGUUUCCAGGUUACAUGCAUUCACCAGACUAGCUUAUGUCAGCUUAUGUCAGCUUACUUGUGCACUGGUUUCGCAGAAUCGAGGCGAAAUGAUAGAUCCUAUGAGUGAAUGCACGUGGCCCAGUCACCUGUCACGUAGUUGUGUAUUUGUGUGUUGAGAUAUGUGUGAAGCCUGUAAAUAAUAUUUUAAUACGAAUAAUAUUUUAUACGUUAAAAUAAGAAAUGUGCAAUAUACUACUUGCAGUUUGUUGAUCGUUCCUACUUAUCUGAUUCCAUCUAGUAUGAGAAUACAUAUCCAUUGUUCUAAAACCGGGCGACGUCUGAUGACAGAGAAGAAUCAUUGUUGGCAGCAAUGUUGCUUUUCUUGGAUGUAUGAGCUCGAAAAGGUCAUCACAAGAAUAUAACGCAUGAGGCCGAAAAUAAAUAAAAAUAAA